AUGAGAGUUUUGUUACUUUUAGUUUUCCUCGUAUUUUGUAUCAUUCCAGCAGCUCUCUCAUUCAGAGACACCAACUGGAGCAAAUACAACAGAGCUGGUAAAAAAGAAACUGUAGAUUUCCGUAUUGCACUCAAUCAAAGAAAUUUAGAUGUCUUAGAAAAUACUUUAUUGGAUGUUUCUAACCCAGAAUCACCAAAUUAUGGUAAACAUUGGACUUCUGAACAAGUUGCUGAUUUAGUUGCACCAGAACCAUACGUUUCAAAGAAAGUUGCAAAUUAUUUAAAAAAGAAUGGUUGUCACAAUGUUGAAAAUCAUCGUGAUUACAUUAAAGCAACUGGUCCAGUUGAUUCAGUUGAAAAGAUUUUCUCAGUUGAAAUGUACAAUUACAAACAUAAUAUUAAAUCCGAUCAAGCUAUCAUUCGUUCAUCAGAAACCUAUCAAGUUCCAUUUGAAAUCUCUCAAUAUGUUCACAUUGUUUCUGGUAUCUCUGAACUCCCACAUCUCAAGAGUGGUCCAAAAUCACAAAGAUUAAGACCAAAUCCAAAGGAUUUCCAAGCUACUCCAGCCCCAGCUGGUCCAGCUGAUCCAGGUAUGGUCGUUCCACAAACCAUCCAACAACUCUAUGGUAUUCCAUCAAACUACCAAAACAACCAAAACACUUCACUCUGUUUAGCUGAAUUUGCUGCAGAUCGUUCAUACCAACCAAAGGAUCUCAAGACCUUUGCCGCCAAGACUGGUACUCCAUUAAUCAAUGUUGUUAAGAAUGUCGGUCCAUUCCAACCAACUCAACCAGAUCUUGAAUCAACCCUCGACGUUCAAUAUGGUGGUGCCACUGCACAAACUGCCGAUGUUUGGUUCUGGACUGUCAACGGUUGGAUGUACGAGUUCUCAUCAGAUCUCGCCGCCACUGUCCCAGCUCCAUACGUUGUCUCAAUGUCAUGGGGUUGGCCAGAACCAUUACAAUGUCAACAAGGUAUUGGUAACUGUACCGAUGGUGAAUCAUCACAAGACUACGUCAACCGUGUUAACAUUGAAUUCCAAAAGAUUGGUCUCCGUGGUAUCACCCUUUUAGCUUCUUCAGGUGAUCAAGGUGCCCCAGGUGAUGGUAAUCCAUCAUGUACCUCAAGAGAUCAACCAAUCUCAACCAUUUUCCCAGGUGCCUCCCCAUGGGUUACCUCUGUUGGUGCUACCAUGUUAGCUGCCCCAUCCACCAGCAAUCCAAAUCCAAUCGAUACUUCUGAUGCCCCAGUCUGUGGUAUCCACGCUUGUGCUACCUCAACUCAAGAAGUUACCUGUUCAUCUCCAUCCGCUUUGAUCACUACUGGUGGUGGUUUCUCCAACUACUCCCCACAACCAGCAUGGCAAUCAAAAGCUGUCAAUGCUUACCUCAACUCUGGUGUUGUCUUACCAAACAAAAAAUUCUUUAACGCUUCAAACCGUGGUUUCCCAGAUGUCUCUGGUUUAGGUCACAACUACUACAUUGUUGCCGCCGAUCAAAUGAACUUAGUCGAUGGUACCUCUUGUUCAUCACCAGUCAUUGGUGGUAUUGUUGCCUUAUUAAACAGCUAUCGUUUAGAUAAUGGUAAAUCAACCCUCGGUUUCAUUAACCCAGUCUUAUAUGCUGCUUACGCCUCUAACCCAGCUGCCUUCAAUGAUAUCACCGUUGGUAACAAUUAUUGUACUGAAAGCUGUUGUGCUACCACUGGUUUCGUUGCCACCAAAGGUUGGGAUGCUGUCACUGGUUUAGGUUCACCAAAUUUCAAACCAUUAUUAUCAUACAUUCAAUCUUUAAAUUAA